UCUCUCAUUAGCUUCCUUGGAGCUUGUGAUCAUUAGUUGAUCAGAUAACAUAACCAAUUUUCUCCCUAGCGCUAACUUCCAUCCCCCAUCAUAUUUUCAGUUAGUACUACUAAGUCAGCAAGCUAGUAGAUUCAUAUUUAAUCCAUGGAGACCAAAACUCUUAUUCUGAUCACCGUGGCCAUGACCAUGCUUGGGAUGGCACUUGGUGCCAGCCACACCGUAGGCGCACCGCACGGGUCAUGGGACCUUCAGACCAACUACUCUCAGUGGGUUUCGAGAAUCAGAUUCACCACCGGCGAUGAGCUCAAGUUCCAGUACUCCGCCGCCGUGCACAAUGUGGUGGAGGUGAGCAAGACGGGGUAUGACUCCUGCAACGGCUCCAGCCCCAUAGCGACUUUCCCGAGUGGUAAUGAUGUUGUUCCGCUUGCCACCGUCGGGACCCGGUAUUUCAUCUGUGGCGUCUCUAGGCAUUGCGACGCCGGCAUGAAGGUCGAGGUCAACGUCAAGUCAAAAGAAGUGCGGACUGUGCAGCGAUGCCGACGGAGAGGGAACCGGCGUCGCUGCCAGUCCGAGACAGUAUUAAGCUCAGCUGCGGCGGCUGGCGUCGAUCAGUCCACGGAGGCCCGGCUUGGUCUGAUAGUUGUUGCGGCUGGUCUUACGUUGUUCUUUUAG